UGAGGUCUAGAGUUCGAUUCCCCUACAUUUCUAAAAGUUUUGAAGACUUUUUACUUCUAUCCCCGAAUCACACACCGAUUGAAGAAACAAAAACCUCUCAGCGCCAAAGCGCCAAAUCUUUCCUGUUCAUCUUAAGUUUCCCUCUACAAUUUUUGAGUAUCCCCAAAUCUUCUCUCUGCAACACUUGAGAUUUGUACCCAAAUGGCAAUAUACCAAAUUCACUUUCCCCCUAAUCCUAUUCACUUCAUCAAACCUAACAUUCAUAUUUGUGAGCAGAAAAGAAAAAAACUUACCUUCCUCUCUGAUCAUACGAACACCGAUUAUCCAAGCCUCCGGGUUACCUCCGCUUUGAGUACGCAAAGUUCUCGUAAGAUGACUUGAUUGUUGAGAACUGGUGAACACGCUUAGAAAGAUGAAGUAGUUUGUGAGAUCAAUUUUGAAAUUGCAUCUUGGUUGGUGGCAUUGAGAGGAAUUUAGAUUACGAGAAUCUUUCCAUAAAAUUUUCUGGAGCAAACUUUGAUUGGAUUGGAAAGAAUGGAUAGAGCUUGGAUCAAAAUGGAUAGGAGAUCACCUGAGUAUGAGGUCGGGGUUGAUAUGUUCUUAGAUUUUGUUAGUCGUCAUGCGAGUGAUCCUAACCAGAUUCGUUGUCCGUGCUUGGAUUGUGGGAAUGUUAAACCUGGUACAAUUAGGACGAUAAAAGAUCAUCUGUUUUGCAUUGGUAUCAUUAAUACCUAUGAUGUCUGGUAUUAUCAUGGAGAAGAUGUUCCAAGUUCAAGUAGUACAAAUGCAAAGAGGGAGAAUUAUAAGGAAGACCAUUUUAGAGACAAUACUGUAGAGAUGGUUCAAGCUGCACAUGAGGAUUUUGUUAGUAAUCCAGAAAAAUUUGAGCAGUUACUUGUUGAUGCUGAGAAACCAAUCUACCCUGGUUGUGUAAAGUUUUCAAAGUUAUCAACUCUUGUGAGAUUGUACAACAUGAAAGCAAAGGGUGGGUGGCCUGAUGUUAGUUUCUCAGAACUAUUAACUUUCUUGGAGGAGUUACUUCCAGCCAACAAUGAAAUGCCAUUGAACCUUUAUGAAGCGAAGAAAACAUUAUGUGCAUUAGGCUUAGAAUAUGAGAAGAUACAUGCAUGUCCAAAUGAUUGCAUUCUAUACCGAAAGGAAUAUAAGGAUGCAAUUGCAUGUCCCACUUGUGGUCUAUCUAGAUGGAAGGUUAAGAAGACUUCAGAUGAGACUUUAAGUGAGAAGAAGAAGAAAGCCCAGAUUCCUGCAAAGGUUCUUUGGUAUUUUCCCCCUAUUCCAAGAUUUAGAAGAAUGUUUCGUACUAAGAAGACAGCAGAGAACUUGAUUUGGCACGCUCAAGAUAGGGAAGAUGAUGGUAAAUUACGUCAUCCAGCAGAUUCUCCCCAAUGGAAGCUUGUGGACUACAUGUGGCCGGAGUUUGGGAGUGAGCCAAGGAACCUUCGACUUGCCAUUUCAGCUGAUGGGAUAAAUCCUCAUAGUUCUCUUAGCAGUCGUUAUAGUUGCUGGCCAGUUAUAAUGGUGAAUUACAACCUUCCACCGUGGUUGUGUAUGAAAAGAAAGUUUAUGAUGUUAACAAUGUUGAUUUCUGGUCCUAAGCAGCCGGGCAAUGAUAUUGACAUUUAUUUGGCACCCCUAAUUGAUGAUUUGAAAACUCUUUGGGAGGUUGGUGUAGAAGCUUAUGAUGCAUAUGCUCAAGAGAGGUUUGUAUUAAAAGCUGUUCUUUUGUGGACCAUCAAUGACUUUCCGGCAUAUGGGAAUUUGUGUGGAUGUAGUGUAAAGGGGUACUAUGCGUGCCCAAUAUGCAGUGAAAAAACACAUUCCAAAUGGCUAAAUUCUGGUAAGAAAGUGUCAUAUACUGGUCAUAGAAGAUUUCUUCCCCGCAAUCAUAGGUUUCGAGCAGAAAGCAAUACUUUUUAUGGUGAGCAAGAGUUUGGAUCAGCACCUGAGCCAUUAACAGGAGAGGAAAUCUUACAAAAAGUUGAGGGGAUCAAAUAUGAAUGGGGUAAGAAGACCGUAAAACUACAUCAGGAAAAAAAAGCAGCCAAGGAAACAGUGAAGCUAGGAAAAAGGAAAAUUAGAGAUGGAAAGAAAUUGGCAGGAACUAAGAAUAAGGUGAAAAAAAAAGAAAGAUGAUCUUAAAUCUGCUUGGAAGAAAAAAUCAAUUUUCUUUGAUUUACCAUAUUGGAAAGAGUUGUAUGUUCGUCAUUGUUUGGAUGUUAUGCAUAUAGAAAAAAAUGUAUGUGAGAGUAUUAUUGGCACAUUGCUCAAUAUCCCUGGAAAAACAAAGGAUGGUGUGGCAGCUCGUGAAGAUCUCAUUUCUUGUGGUGUACGGGCUGGGUUGGCACCUAAACCGGGGAAAAGAAAGGCUUAUCUUCCACCUGCUCCUUAUACAUUAUCUAAGGACGAGAAAUUAUCAGUUUGUGAUUGCUUGGCUGAAGCUAGGUUUGCAAAAGGAUGCUGCUCCAAUUUCAAAAACCUUGUGUCAAUGCAAGAUUUGAAACUCUUAGGCCUUAAAUCUCACGACUGUCAUAUGCUGAUGCAACAACUUUUUCCUGUUGCAAUUCGUGCUGUUCUGCCUAAUCAUGUUAGAUAUGCCAUUACAAGGUUUUGCCUCUUCUUCAAUGCCUUGUGCAGCAAAACAAUGGAUAUCAUCAAAUUGGAUGCAAUGCAAGAUGAAAUUGUGGUGACUUUGUGUUUGCUUGAAAAAUUUUUUCCACCUUCUUUCUUUGACAUAAUGGUCCAUGUUACGGUACAUCUUGUUAGGGAAGUACGCUUAUGUGGACCUGUUUACCUGCGAUGGAUGUACCCAUUUGAACGGUACAUGAAGUUUUUAAAGGAUUACGUUAGAAAUCGUAAUCGUCCGGAAGGAUGCAUGGCAGAAUGUUAUAUUGCAGAGGAAGCCAUUGAGUUUUGCGCAGAUUUCUUAUCAGAUGUUAGUACUGUUGGAAUCCCGUUAAAGACCUAUACUCUUCAGAAAGGAAUUGAUACACCACUAUCAGUUGGACGUGUUCAUAAGCCUGGCAGAAAGCUAUUGCGUCAAGCACAUCUAUGUGUUUUGAUUAAUACACCUGAAGUUAUGCCUUAUCUCAUUGAGCAUGAGGAGUUGUUGAAGAUUCAGCAUCCUAAAAAGUCAAAAAGUGAGAAGUGGCUUCGAGAUGAACAAAACAGAACUUUUCAAGAUUGGUUGAAACAAAGAGUUGAGAAUGAGCUUGCUGAUCCUAAUAAUGACAUAUCUAAUACUUUGAAGUGGAUAGCAGAAGGGCCUCGGGAGACAGUGAAAAAGUAUGCUGGAUAUUCUGUAGAUGGCUGCCAUUUUCACACAAAAUCUCAUGAUAGUUCUCAUGUCCAACAAAACAGUGGAGUGACUUUGGUAGCAAAGACAAUGCAAAUAUCCAGUUCUAAAGAUAAGAAUCCUAAGGAAGAUGAUAUGACUUUCUAUGGAACGAUUCAUGAGAUAUGGGAGGUCAAUUAUAAUGAUUUCACACACACAAUAUUUAAGUGUGAUUGGGUGAAAAGUACAACAGUUCUAGCCAAGAUGAAACACUUCGAAGACAAUCCUUUAGAAGAUGAUGAUGAAUAUACAGAUGAGGAUGCAGAUGACCAGGCCACAAACAAGAGGAAAGGGAGAGGUCCAACUUUGAUGUCAGACUUGGUCCAUCGUAGGGGCCAUAAGGGUCGUAUAGAAGUUGGAUAUAACACAAAGGGACAGCCAGAAGGCAAGCAUGGAUCAAAUUUAGCUAGUUUCAUUGGAGUAAUGGCGCGAAGCACUGUUCCAAUUAUAUAUGAAGAUUGGAAAGUGGUACCAGCUUCUUUAAAGGAUAAGAUAUGGGACAUGGUUCUGAAAGCAUUCAUCGUGGAUAUGAAUAGUAGGAAGCAUGUCAUAAGCAGUGCUGGAAAGGCAUGGAAAUCAUUCAAGAGCACUUUAACAACAUCAUAUAUACUGAAAUUCAAACAUCAGCCUCUCAAGCUGAAGACUCCACCGUCUGGCUAUGAUUUCAUCCUUCAAGCACAUUGGGAUGCCUUUGUGAAGUCUCGAUUAACAGAAGAAUUUGCGGAAAUUAGAGAAGCUGCAUCAAGGAGGCGAGCUCUCCAUGUAUACAAUCAUCGAAUGUCUAGAAAAGGCUAUGCCAAUUUGGAAGAAGAACUAAAAUUGGCGUUGGGUGACCAAACUGAUAUUGAUCGAUCAGUUCUGUGGAAGAAAGCACGUGUUGAUAAAAAUGGAAACUAUUCAAAUGAGGCAGUGAAACAACGUGUUGAUAAAAUUGAUGAAGUGACUAAACAUGUUAAGGAUGGUAUUAUAUCAACAGCUGGUAGUAAUGACAUACUGACAAUGGCUUUGGAAAAGCCUGAAUAUUCCGGUCGUGUAAGAGGUGUUGGAAGCAAUGUCACACCUAUUUUGUACUUCAAUACUCCAAGGUGUCGAUCUCAAUCCACCCAAAAUCAGUUGUUGCAACAAAUGGAGCAAAUGCAGAACCAGCUUUUAAUGUUUACUCAAUUGCUACAACCUGAUCAAUUGUUAAUGAUGCAACACAUGGUCCAAGGUAGCCGUGUGUCUGAGAAAUCUAGUUGCUCAGUUCAGAAGGACAAAGUUGAGACAUUAUCUAAGGAGGAGGAGUCUAGGGUGGAAAUGAUGAAACGAAAAGAGAAGAAGUCUAAGAAAGCUACAUUUAAAGUCAAUGUACAAGAGGCUUUGAAGACUAGUACUAAAAUUCCAGAAGAAAUCGAGCAGGUAAAGCAACACAAUAAAGAAGAAUCAGCUUUGAAACCUGGAAAAAACAAACAAGAUGGCUAUACAGAGGUUCCCAAAGACAAGCCACAAGAUAUUGAAAAGUCAAAGAAGUGCAAGUUAGCUGUGGGGAAUAUCAACAAUGUUGUUGCAAUGGGAAUGGUGAUUCCGUUAGAUGGACCAAUUCAUGGAGUGCCAUUAGGGGAUGGUAACGUACGAGUUUCUGUUGAAGUACCUAUUAAGGGUGAGGCUCUUCUGCCAAUACCUAUUGGCGAUGAAAUUGUGACUCUUAGACAAGCAAUUGGGACUCAUGUGGCUUGGCCUCGGAAUCUUGUUAUAGUGACCAAUGAAAAGCCCAAGCUAAAGACUCCAAAUGCAUCAUUUAAACCCAUGUUGCCACAAAACUUGUACAAGAUGCCUCUAUCUGUACGAUUUCUAUUGCGAUUUGCUAGGACAAUGCGAGAAGAAAAACCAUUGAAGGUGGCCAUUGAUUCUGGUGUCUUUGGAUAUGAACAAGAAACUUACCUUAACAAAGAUGACAUCAUUGAAUUUUGUUCGAUGGAACCACUGUCUACUGUUUGCAUGACAAUCUACAUGAGACAUCUAUGGUCAUCAUUAAAGAAAGAUCAUAAGGAUAACUUGUAUGGAUUUGCGGAUCCAUCUUCCUUCUCUCAUGAUUCUGGAAAACGAGAUGAAAGAUCGUUUGCGUUGUCAGUAAGAUUAGAGAAAAGCAAGGAACAACAAUUGAUUUUUGCUCCUUACAAUUUUGGGUUUCACUGGGUUAUGGUUGUAAUUAAUCCUUAUAGUGAUAUGGUGUAUUACUUGGACUCUCUUAAUCCUGUUGACAUAGAUCAUGGAUUAAAAGGUGUUAUAGACGUUGCUCUAAGAAUGUUUAAUGCCCAAAAAGGAAGGAAUCGGAAAAAUGCUAUUUGGAAAAUCAUACAGUGUCCUACUCAAGCGGGAAAAGUGGAAUGUGGAUAUUACGUAAUGAGGUUCAUGAAAGCAAUCAUUGAAGAUCCAACCAUAUUAACAAGAAGCAAGUUCAACAACCAAAGUUACAAUCAAGAAGAGAUAGAUGAUGUUCGAGUAGAGUGGGCUGAUCUUGUUGAAACAUUACUCCAAGAUGAUGUAGAAUAGUUUGGUUAGUAUAUUUUGAAAUGUAUAUAUUAAGCUGAGUUUUUGUGCAUGCCCAUGUAAAGUUUAGAUCAGCUAGCUUUUUGUAAGCACUAGAAGUACAUGUAAUGUGAUCUCACCGAGACUUGUGGUUGGCAUGUGUAUUUUGGAUGCCACGAGGCUUGGGAUAAUUUGUACACAUUGCUUGGAAUCUCCAUGACAAAAAUAGUGCGUCCUAAUAGUUAAU